AUGUCAGGAGAGCUGCGGUCAGAGCUGGAGAAAUAUCUGGAGACUCUAAACAUCCAGACGAGCUGCGUGGAGCACCCACCGGUAUUCACGGUGGAGGAGAUGAUGCCUCACCUGCAGGAAGUGAACGGAGCUGUCACUAAGAACCUUUUCCUGAAGGACAAGAAGAAGAAAGGUCUGUGGCUGGUGUCUGCUCGCUACGACCACCAGGUGAACCUCAACGACCUUGCCAAGAAGCUCGGUGUGGGCAGUGGCAAUCUGCGCUUUGCAGAUGAGGCGAUCAUGUUGGAGAAACUCAAGGUUGGUCAGGGCUGUGCAACGGCUCUCUCUCUGCUCUUUGAUAAGGAUCAGAGCGUGAAGUUUGUCCUGGACCGAGACUUGGUGGAGGGAGGUCACCAGAUGGUUUACUUUCACCCCAUGACCAACGCUGCCACCAUGGGGCUCCGACCAGACGACCUGCUGCGCUUCCUCAAGGAGACAGGACAUGAGCCGGUGCUGGAGAGCUUUGAGUAGAGAGGACCGCAGACUGG